AUGGGAGCACAGGAGAGGGAGGAGGAAGACGGCGCUUCUUCAGUGGGGAGAAAGCUGCAGAAAACCAGCAAGGAGGUUUAUUUCAGCGUCCUGCCAGAUAAAUAUGAACCUCUGAUUGAGGACGAUGAGGAGAGAGAGGAGACUGCAGAGGAGAAAAAGAGGAGGAAGGAGGCGAGGAAGAAGAAAAGGAAAAAUACAUGCAAGAAGUACAGGAAGAAUGUGGGGAAAGCACUACGCUUCAGCUGGCGCUGCCUGGUAGCUGGUCUGCAGAGCAUGGCGUCCGUGUACUCCACACCUCUCUCAGCUGUGGCCACCGUGGUAACAGAUGUUCACCAAGCCAGUGGCAGCAAGACAUGACGGGACUCGGAGGGACCAGGAGUGUAGCCCCUUAUUCCUUGUGUUCAAGCUGACUUUGAAUUCAUGUUGUGCCUGUUUUGUUUUUAUUCUAUUUUUAUUUCUAUUUCUAUUUCUGAGAUAUAAACUGUAUAUUUACUCGAUUUAUGAAAAUCAUUGAUCCCUGUCACAUUUAUGGCCUCGGUUUUCAAAUUUGAACCAAACCGUGCUGUUGUGUUAAAUUAAACAAUCGUCUUUCAUGUUUGGGAUAAAAUUGAACCCCAAAAUUCCCCUCAAGCAGCUCAAGAUUCAGAAUACUUUGGGUUUAUUUACAGUUUUAAGAAGCUUUCUGUUCCGUGUGGGCUUUGGCAGCCACUGGCAAGCCAACAACUAGCAAUGUCUGUGUACAAAUCUCAAGCACAACAAAGGAAGCUCCACCUUGUGGUGCUUCUCCACAACUGCACUUUAGAAGCUCAUUGACAGUAAUAAAUUCUCGAGGUUCUGGAGCACUAAACGGAUAUAUUCCUCCAGUCAACCAACCAUACUUGGAUGAAGUAAAGAUGCUCUAGUAGGAAGCUGACACACUCCUCUCCUUUCUGCUCUUUUUUGUUUUUAUCAAGGUUAGGAGAGUUAGUAAAUGCUGUUAAAAUAAUCAGAAUGAAUAAAGAAAAAUACUAAUUUGUCUUUCAUGAUGUUUGUUUACA